UUCUAAAGUAAGCUUCAGGUAGGUGUCUGACCUAUGCCGUGAAACUACUUGUCACGCACAUUAAGCAUAAGAGGGAAAAUAAAAAUACAAUACCUCAAUCCAUGUUCAAAUCAACGUUAACAUUAUGUCUUCGACCACGUCACAUUAUGUACACACCUCCACCACUUGCCAAACGGACAGGUUUGUUUCGCUGCAAGAUCUGUAAAAAUGAGUGGAACUCUAACUCCGUGUGGGUAACUAAAACCACCCAGCGCGUAUACCAAGGUGAAUCGUGUGAACAGUGCGGAACGAGUGCCAAACCAUACUAUGUGGGGAGGCCGGUGGAAACGAUAUUUAACCGAGCUAGAACCCCACACCCAGUGAAGCCGGGGUCAUCUAGUAGUCGCCAUGAAAAAAAACUAAAGCAUUUACGCUUUGACUGGCGAACACAGAGAGGAAGAAAAUAAACUCCACGAA